CGCAGCGAAUGCAUGGCAUGAUGUUGUGUUGUUAUACCUCUACCUAUAAAAAGCGGGAAACUGACGCCAUUUUUGUAGUCGUUUUCCCGCCUUCAAGUAUUCUUCACGUUACGAACACGUUCAGAGAUAACUAAUAUAUAAAAUGGCUUUCAAUGUGUAUUCUUUUGCGUUUGCGCUUACGAUUUUGGUAUCGGUCACAAGCCAGCCUGCAGAUCUACCGGCAGUGUUGAAAGAACUACCAGAAGAGGUAUUAUUUCGCGUAGGAGAGCCGUUUGAGCUGAACUGUGAAGUUGAAUCUGGGGACAAUUCUAAUGUGAAAUUCGAAUGGUUAGCCGAAUUCAAAGACUUGAAGGCCAAUCCCAACGUCAAGCAAAAUGAUCAGAAGCUUGUCUUCAAAGAGAUGAAGGAAUCCGAUGAGGGGUUGUAUCAAUGCACCGCUGAGACUUCAGCAGGUAUCGCGUCCACACGGCAUGUAAAACUCAGGAAAUUAUAUAUUAACGUACCGAAAGUGUCUACGCAAAAGGUGACACCUGUUGAAGGGAGACCGUUUCAGCUUGCCUGCCCUCCAGUCGAGGGUUACCCUAAACCUAAGGUGGAAUGGAUGAAGAAGUCUGUAGCCAACGGGGUAUUGGAAACCUUCCUAAGCCCUAGGAUUUUCUCGCCGCAGGGUGAUUUGUACUUUUCGAAUGCCACUGAAGAAGAUGUGAGCAAGGAGUUUCAUUACGUUUGCCUUGUGACAUCGCCGGCGGUUGAUAAAAAAGUGCCAGUGGUUGAAUGGGAGGUACAGGGGCUUGCGAAGGAUGACAAGCCAUCGGACCACGAGGUGGUGCGCCAGUUCGUCAACGGAGACUUGACGGCGAAGGUCGGUGACGUCACGGAGAUCUACUGCAUCUAUGGUGGGAACCCAAUGCCACACCCUGACUGGUGGAAGGACGGUGUGAACGUAAACAAUGAACCCGGAGACCGAGUGACUCGCUACAACCGCAGUAAGGGCAAGCGGCUCCUGAUCAAAGAUACCUUGCCUGAAGACGAUGGCCAAUACAUCUGCGUCGUCGACAAUGAAGCGGGGAAAGUACAGAACCAUACGAUGCACCUUACUGUUGUCAGUCCACCAAAAUUCCUCAAGAAACCCGAGAAGCGUAUCAAUGUGAAAGUAGGCCAAGAACUGAUUCUACCAUGUGAGUUUGAAGUCAAGCCUGCAGGAGAGGUAGCUUGGACACACAACACAAAGGUUGUACGUGACGGACCAACAAACCCUAAGAACUCGGCGCCGUAUAACACCAUAAAGUACGAAAACAAUCUGAAGAUUGACAAGGUCCAGAAAUCUGACUCCGGUUAUUACGGUUGUAGAGUUACGAAUUCCUUCGGCGAAGCUUAUGCGGAGACCCUAGUAGUGGUUUCAUGAAAUGCAUUUUGUUAUACAUAAUUUAAUGCCUCCA